UUGGCAUUUCACAUUCAAACAAGUUCUAUUGUUUAAUAUAAUAAUGGCUAAAUCAAGUGAAGAUUAUGAACUAGAAGAUAGAGAUCCCAAAAAAUUAAAUCGACAACUUGAGGUCAACUGGGAAGAUAUUGUAGGAGAACCUGCCUCACUAAGAAGUCCAGAAUGUGCUUGGACCCUUGGAAAAUUAUGUUUUAGAUUUUCCAGAAUAACCAUUUAUACUUGCUUGUCCAUAUUUUGUGCUCCAUUUGUCGCAUGCUGUAUUGGCACUACAUAUGCUUGCUACCAAUUCGAGCAUAUAUGGUGUAAUAUUCCUUGUCUGAGACUAUAUAGGAUAUCGUGUGGAGUUACAAAAUCGUUUGUGCUAGCUUUCACCCAUGGAUUAUUGAUACCGCUUAUGGAAGCUUUUGGUCAUCUUUGUUCAAAAAUUAAGGUGAGGACAAUGAAGGAGCAAGGAGUCGAAAAUACAGAGGAAGAAGAAAAAAUAUUGAUAGUUUAAUGCAUUUAUUUUAUUAUGUUGUAUAAGUAUUUAAGUAAAUUCAUUUAUUGUGAUUGAAAAUCAAUUAUUAAUAUAACUCAGUUAAGCUUUACGUUUUUUCUUAUAAAGUGUAGCUAAAACAAUGCAUUUUAUACUAUAUACUAAUUAAUUU